GAGGGGGCAUUUUUCUUCUGCAAUCGACAACAACCCUACACAUUUCAGCAACCACUAUAUCACUGUGCGCUGACCAGAAAACAUGAGUUCACCCCUUCGACCAAGCAUGUCUGCCGCAAACAGAGGCCCAAGCAACAACAGCAGACGCAAGAGAGCAAGAGACGAUGAAGAUGAAAUCAUGUCGUCCUCACCAGCAGCGCUCAUUCCUUCUUCACCCCCUUUACUCCCUACCAACGAGAACGAUGAGUUAGACGAUGACGAAUUAGACCCAGAAGACGAUUUGAUCGGUGAUAUCGACGAUGUGGACGAGAUGGCCGAGGACGAAGACGGUAUCGACCUCUUUGGAGACAAUUUCAUGAACGAUGAACGCGAACGAGGUGCCGAAGAGACCUACCAGGGUCGAAUGAUUGACGAUGAAGGCGACUAUGACGAAGUUGAUUUGGCUUCUCGCCGUCAACUAGAAGCCCGUAUGAACAGACGCGACCGCGAGCUGGCUCGUAGGCGUCGCAUGCCCGCUGCAUUCAUGCCUGAUGACGAUGACGAUGCCGGUAUUGACCUGACAAAACAACCCCGAAGACGUCGACAUCACUACGAUGAGGAUCAGGAAGACAUGGAUCUCGACGAGAACAUCAUGGAAGAAGAACUUUCUCUGGAAACUUUGCAGGACAUCAAGGCAUCCAACAUCACAGAGUGGGUGACCCUUCCGUCAGUCAUGAAAACCAUCGCGAGAGAAUUUAAAUCCUUCCUGACGGAAUACAUUGACGCCAAUGGAACAUCAGUCUACGGUACACGCAUCCGUACAUUGGGUGAAGUCAAUUCGGAAUCUCUCGAAGUAUCAUAUGAUCACUUAUCCUCGACAAAGGCAAUUCUUGCCUAUUUCCUGGCGAAUGCACCGGCUGAGAUGCUCAAGAUAUUCGACAAGGCAGCAUUCGAGGUUGUUCGUCUACACUAUCCAAACUACGAGUUGAUCCACCCAGAAAUCCACGUUCGCAUCUCAGACCUGCCGGUCCAAUAUACUUUGCGACAACUCCGACAGUCCCAUCUGAAUUGCCUGGUCCGUGUCUCUGGCGUCGUCACUAGGCGAACAGGUGUCUUUCCACAGUUACAGAUGGUCAAAUUCACCUGCACCAAAUGUGGUGUCACACUGGGUCCUUUUGCUCAGGAAUCCACAUCGGCUGAGGUCAAGCUCAACUAUUGCCCCGAAUGUCAAUCUCGAGGGCCGUUCAGCUUGAAUAGCGAGAAGACUGUCUAUCGAAACUACCAAAAGUUGACCUUGCAGGAGUCUCCAGGCACAGUCCCAGCCGGACGAUUGCCACGACAUCGGGAGGUCAUUCUCCUUGCCGAUUUGAUCGACACAGCGAAACCAGGUGAGGAGAUCGAGGUCACCGCGAUCUAUCGCAACAAUUACAGUGGUCAGCUCAACAACAAGAAUGGCUUUCCUGUCUUUGCGACCAUGCUCGAGGCCAACCAUGUUAUCAAAACGCAUGAUCAGCUUGCUGGCUUCAGACUGACUGAGGAAGAUGAGAGACAAAUUCGGGCAUUGUCCAAAGACCCAAAUAUCCUAGAGAAGAUCAUCGACUCGAUAGCUCCGUCAAUCUACGGCCAUAAAGAUAUCAAGACUGCAGUCGCACUGUCACUCUUUGGAGGAGUCAGCAAGGAAGCACAAGGCAAGCACAAGAUCCGUGGUGACAUCAAUGUCCUCUUACUUGGAGAUCCUGGUACGGCCAAAUCGCAAAUCCUGAAAUACAUCGAGAAGACUGCACACCGAGCUGUUUUCGCUACCGGUCAAGGUGCAUCUGCAGUUGGUUUGACUGCAUCUGUCCGACGUGACCCCCUCACGGCAGAAUGGACGCUCGAGGGUGGUGCUCUUGUCCUUGCUGAUCGAGGUACCUGCUUGAUUGACGAGUUUGACAAGAUGAACGACCAGGACCGGACUUCCAUCCACGAAGCCAUGGAACAGCAGACUAUCUCCAUCAGCAAGGCUGGCAUUGUCACCACGCUGCAGGCUCGUUGUGCGAUUGUUGCAGCUGCAAAUCCUAUCGGAGGACGAUACAACAGUACUAUUCCAUUCAGCCAGAACGUGGAACUCACGGAGCCCAUCUUAUCUCGAUUUGAUAUUCUCUGCGUUGUGAGAGAUACUGUCGACCCGGCAGAAGAUGAGCGUCUCGCAAAGUUCGUUGUCGCUAGUCACGGGCGUGCACACCCCGCCAAACUUGGUGUUGACGGAGGAGACAUCGCCGCUAUGGAGAAUGGAGACACAGAUGCAAUCAAUAAUGGCGAACCUAAGCAGGAAGGGGCCAUCCCGCAAGAGCUGCUACGCAAAUACAUUCUCUAUGCCAGAGAAAAGUGCCGACCGAAGCUCUACCAGAUCGAUCAGGACAAGGUGGCCAGAUUGUUCGCCGACAUGAGAAGGGAGUCUCUGGCAACCGGCGCAUAUCCUAUCACUGUUCGUCAUCUUGAAGCCAUCAUGAGAAUUGCAGAAGCAUUCUGCAAGAUGCGUUUGUCAGAUUUCUGCACCUCACAGGAUAUUGACCGGGCCAUCGCUGUGACAGUGGACUCGUUUGUCAGCAGCCAGAAGAUCAGUUGCAAGAAAGCUCUAGCAAGAGCAUUUGCUAAGUAUACCUUGAAGCGUCCUGAGCGACAGCGGACGAGAACGGCUGGACGAGGCGCCAACAGUGUAGGAACAGUUUCAGCAUGAUAGUUUGUACAGCGGAUGGGUUUAUGAGUAGAUGACUUUCUUUUGUUUAGUCUAUGGAGUCUAGGACGGAAGACAUGUAAUAUGGGCUAUGAAAGGCCUGGCCUUCCUUACCAAAGAGCUAGAUGCAUCACAAUGACUUGCACUGGAGCCUUUUUCUAGGGAAAGUGGUACCGUUGACAGGGAGUACAUCGACGAAAUGGAUGCAUGGUCCAGAAGGCUGGCAACAGCAGGUGCCUUCACUCCAAGCUAGUAACUCCGUACGGUAGCGCUGAUGACCUUCGUUGUCUUGUGUACGACUGACUCCCG